AUGGUCCGCGUGAAACAAAUCAAUGGUAAACAAAAAUUGGAAGAUACUAUUCAGGAGAAGAUCUUGAAAGCCAAAAAGGACAAAUAUGAAUCGAAAACUUCCGUAGAUAAGAGCAAAAAACUUUACAGGAAACGUGGAAACUUUGUUCUUGAUGAAAUCAGACACUACCAAUUAGUUACUGAGAAUUUGAUAUUGAAGAAGCCGUUUCAAAGGUUGGUGAAGGAAAUACUUAUUAAUGUUCAGGCAGAAAAUGCCAGACCUUUAUACCGAAUGUCUUGUGCAGCAGUUUGUAUAUUACAAGAUAUGGCAGAGUCUUACUUAACAGAUUUAAUGAAUGAUGGUGUCAUAUGCGCCUUACAUGCUAAUAGAAUAACAAUUUUUCCAAAAGAUUUUGACUUAGUAUUAAGAUUGAGCCCGAAUUAUUGA